AUGGAUGAUUUAAAGAAGACAAUCGGUUUAGGUCAUGGAAUCGGAGUUAUUGACAUCUUCUACAUUUGGGGGGAGAUGCUCCUCGUCGGGCUUCACACACAUCUGAUUCUGAAGCAUGUGAAACAAUCAGCGGAUACGUCUGGGAUACCGGAUACGUCUGUUAUGCUGACAGUUACCCUGAAGUCAAGCUCGACACAAAGCCAGUCCCACGUCUCUGUGUCUCCUGAGCCAGUAGACCGAGAAUACCAAGAGUAUAACAACCCCAAAACAGUUUUCUUCGCAGAGGCCUGCGAUGAUCUUGGAGGAGAAUUCUAG